AUGGAGAUGGUUGCAUUGGCCUGCAAGAUAGAUGCACAGCUCGGUGUCCAGUCCAGGGAGCCAAUUCAACCAGGGCUCCAGAAGCCGUGGAGGGGAAGGUCUGGUCCCCGGAGCAGGCUGGUAAGCCCUGAGUCCUUAAUGCGAGAAGCAAUAUCCUUGGUGCCAUCCCUGCUCCUCAAGUAUCAAAUGAAGGAGCCAAUCACCAAGGCAGAGAUGCUAGAUUAUGUCAGGAGAAGUCACCAGGAUUACUUCCCUGCAGUCUUCAGCAGAGCCUGUGAUUGCUUGCAUCUGGUCUUUGGCAUUGAAAUGAGGGAAGUGGACCCCUCCAGCCACUCCUAUAUCCUUGUCACUUCCCUGGGGCUGACAUAUGAUGGGUUGCUUAGUGAUAAGCAGGGCAUUCCCAAGACGGGCCUGCUGAUCAUCACCCUGAGUAUCAUCGUUGUGGAAGGCAACUGUGCCUCUGAACAGGUUUUCUGGGAAGGGCUGAGUAUGAUGGGGGUUUAUGCUGGGAGGGAGCACUACUUCUAUGGGAAUCCCAGGAAGCUCAUCACUGAAGAUUUUGUGCAGGAGCAGUACUUAGAGUACCGCCAGGUCCCCAACAGUGAUCCUGCUUGCUAUGAGUUCCUGUGGGGCCCAAGGGCCUAUGCUGAAACCAGCAGGAUUGAAGUCCUGAAACACUGGGCCAAGUUCAGUAGACGUGUUCCUAGGUUCCUCCAAUCCCUGAAUGAUCGGGCUUCUAGAAAUGAGGAAGAGGGGGCCCAAGCAUGA